CCGUUUUCCUGUCUCGUUGUUGGUUCCACCAAUUUUUCUUGCUUGCAGUUGGUUGCUUCCGUUCCAACCCAAUCCACUAUAUUAUUUUUAUCUGUUCUCUUUCCCAAACCAAUACACGCCAUUUUUCAUUUCUCAGAGAGUCUUCCCGUCUCUUCCUCUUCACUUCUUAUACCGUCGCCCCCAAACGACGCCGUUUUCUGUUCUCUUAUGUAAACGCCGUUCGAGAACAAACCAAAAAAAGAAAAGAAAAUCAGUUAUUGCCGUUGUUGUUUUGUUUCCGGUUCGGUUUAUUUCAAUGGAUCGGGCGGCGUUGACGGUUGGACCGGGCAUGGACAUGCCGAUCAUGCACGACAGCGACCGUUACGAUCUGGUACGCGACAUCGGGUCCGGAAAUUUCGGCGUGGCGAGGCUGAUGCAGGAUAAACAAACCAAGGAACUGGUCGCCGUCAAGUACAUCGAAAGGGGUGAUAAGAUUGAUGAAAAUGUAAAGAGGGAAAUCAUUAAUCACAGGUCUCUGAGGCAUCCUAACAUUGUUAGAUUUAAAGAGCUUUAAUGUUUUUGGAGUGUCUUGCGACGGCAAUUGUGACCGCAUAUGUUUGCAAUUUCCUGCACUACGAUGAAACCACAACCAGGAUCACGACCACCACCAUUGCUUAAAACCUUGAUAUUUUUAUAAUUUUAUAUUAUAUUCUACGAAUGUGUCUGUAUAGAGGAGGGGCAAUCACAUUUAUUUGUGAUGUUCUAUAUAAUUACACGCAGGUAAUUUUAACACCUACUCAUCUUGCUAUUGUAAUGGAAUAUGCAUCUGGGGGAGAGCUCUUUGAGAAAAUCUGCAAUGCUGGGCGUUUUACCGAGGAUGAGGCUCGAUUCUUCUUUCAGCAACUCAUAUCUGGGGUCAGCUAUUGCCAUGCUAUGCAAGUAUGUCAUCGGGACUUGAAGCUUGAAAACACUUUGCUGGAUGGAAGCCCGGCACCUCGUUUAAAGAUAUGCGAUUUUGGGUACUCCAAGUCUUCAGUGCUUCAUUCACAACCAAAGUCAACUGUGGGAACUCCUGCAUAUAUUGCUCCAGAAGUAUUGCUGAAACAAGAGUAUGAUGGCAAGCUUGCAGAUGUCUGGUCAUGUGGAGUAACCUUAUAUGUGAUGCUAGUGGGAGCAUAUCCUUUUGAGGAUCCUAAUGAACCAAAGGACUUUCGGAAGACAAUUCAGAGAGUUCUUAGUGUCCAGUAUUCCAUUCCGGACGGUGUUCAAAUAUCUCCAGAGUGUCGCCACCUUAUUUCAAGGAUCUUUGUUUUUGACCCGGCAGAGAGAAUCACCAUGUCUGAAAUCUGGAACCAUGAAUGGUUUCUGAAGAAUCUCCCGGCAGACCUGAUGGACGAGAAGAUAAUGGGCAAUCAAUUUGAAGAGCCAGACCAACCCAUGCAGAGCAUCGAUACGAUCAUGCAGAUAAUUUCAGAAGCUACCGUACCAGCAGUUGGGACCUAUUCUUUUGACCAGUUUAUGGAGGAACAAAUUUAUGACUUGGAAUCUGAAUCUGAUGCUGAAUCUGAUCUUGAUAUAGAUAGCAGUGGGGAGAUAGUGUAUGCCAUAUAGUUUGAUCUUAGUUACACUUGAAAGACAACAACAUAUUAAAUGGAGAGAGCAUUUUCAGCAUCAAGAGAUAUAUACGUGGUGCCCGCAUUUUCUGUAGAUUAGCAUGGAUAAUACAAACUUCAUGUUAAUAUUUAUGUAUUCAGUGUUGGUUGCUGAGGGAAGAAAUGAUUGUUACCCUUUGCUCACUUCCAGGGGAAUGCUUGCUUUAUAUAUAAUAUUAUAUUAUUUAAAUUAA